AUGGGUUCCACUGAUGCCAUCUUAGACAAAAACGUGGCCGGAGGACGACCGUCCGUUAAGGCUUGGUGGAAGGAGUCGUCAGUUUAUCAAAUAUACCCAGCUUCCUUCAAGGAUAGCAAUGGCGAUGGCAUUGGUGAUAUUCCUGGGAUCAUCUCCAAAUUGGACUACAUCCACAAACUUGGCGUGGAUAUUGUCUGGCUCAAUCCGGUGUUUGAAUCACCCCAGAUCGACAUGGGCUAUGACAUCUCGGACUAUUACGGCAUUCAUCCACCGUAUGGUACCGUUGAGGAUGUGGAGGAGUUGAUUCACAGACUGCAUGAGCGGAAAAUGAAACUUGUGAUGGACCUUGUUGUGAACCACACAUCCGACCAGCAUCAAUGGUUUCGCAAUGCCCGUUCUUCAAUAAACAGCCCUUAUCGUGAUUGGUAUAUCUGGAGAAAGCCAAUGUUUGGGGUAGAUGGCAAACCUCAGCCGCCAAACAACUGGGUAUCUUAUUUUGGGGGUAGCGCGUGGGAGUAUGACGAGGCUUCGGGAGAAUACUACCUGCAUCUUUUUGCAAAGGAGCAACCUGACCUGAAUUGGGAGAAUCCUCAGGUUCGAAGCGCUGUAUACAAGAUUAUUCGGCACUGGCUAGACAAGGGGGUGGAUGGAUUCCGAAUGGAUGUUAUCAACUUCAUCAGCAAGGACCCGUCCUUUCCAGAUGCACCGAUUACCGACCCGGCCUCAAAGUGGCAAAGUGGCGCAAAGUUCUAUGCCUGCGGUCCGAAGCUGCAUAACUACUUGCGAGAAAUUGGAAGCAUUCUGAAAGAAUACGACGCGUUUUCCGUCGGGGAAAUGCCAGAGGUCAGUGAUGUACAAGAAAUCUUGAACGCAGUGGGAUACGACCGAGGCGAGUUGAAUAUGAUUUUCCACUUUGAGAUUGUUCAACUGGACCACGGGACAGGAGGCAAGUUUACCUGCGGCAAUUGGGAAAUGCAGGACCUUAAAGCGAUUGUGUCGAAAUGGCAAACAUCCAUGCACCAGAAUAAUGGAUGGAAUGCUUUGUACCUCGAGAAUCAUGACCAGCCACGGACAGUCUCCCGGUUCGCGUCUGACAAACUUGAAGACCGCACUCGGUCCGCUAAGAUGCUAGCCACUUUCAUGGGCUUUCAAAGUGGCACUGUUUUUAUCUACCAGGGUCAGGAGCUCGGUAUGCCCAAUGUGCCACGUACAUGGGGGAUUGAGGAGUACCGAGAUAUAGAAACACUGAACCAUUGGCACGAAAAUACACGCACCCAACCGGACGACAAUGCUUUGCAUUCUACCAAUCUUACCGAAUAUCGGAUGAAGUCGAGAGACAAUGGUCGGACUCCCAUGCAGUGGGAUGCGUCCACUCAUGCUGGCUUCUCCGCUGUCAAACCUUGGAUUUCUGUGCACGAUGAUUACACAGUAUGGAAUGCGGCGCUCCAGGUGGACGACGAGGAGAGCGUCUAUUACUACUGGUCGAAUGUUUUGCGUCUGAGAAAGAGUAUCCCUGAAAUCUUGGUCUACGGAUCGUUUGACCUCAUCUCUCCUGAGCAUCCGGACGUGUUUGCUUACACUCGUACAUCCGAGACCGGCUGUGCGCUCGUCGUGAUUAAUUUCCGAGCCAGCGAGAUAUCAUGGUCGGUCCCCGAGGCAACCAGGGAGAGAUUUUGGUCAGGCAAGACGCUCCUGUCCAACUAUCCCCAAGAAACGAGAUCUGUGUUGGAUAUUGUGAUUAAAUUGGCACCAUUCGAGGCAUUUUUAUGGUUAGCCGUUGAUGGAAUUUGA